AUGGACACCCACAUGGAUCCUAUGAGCAAUGUUCUCUCCCUGUACUUAUUCAUAGGUGUGCUUCCCUUUUUUGUCAGCUCCCUCAGUGAAAAGGAAUGCUUGCUCCAGAAGAAGUACACUGCCCAUAUCAAUGGAGAUGUGUUAAUUACUGGGAUUUUCCCCCUCAAGUACAUGGAAAUACAACCUGCUUUACCCAAAUCCAGGGAUUAUUCUUUUCAGGUGAACUAUAACUUCAACAACUACCAGUUUGUUUUAGCCUUGGCUUUUGCUGUUGAAGAGAUAAACAAAAAUCCUCAUCUUUUGCCCAACAUGACUCUGGGAUUUUCUGCCUAUUCAGUUGGACAAAAAGACAUGAUGCAUUUUAGGAAUCUUGUGGUUAGCCUCUCUGGAAAGGACUUUAUUGUGAAUUAUACCUGCAAGAGAGACUGUCAGACUAUAGUAGCACUGACGGGACCAUCAGGCAUAAUCUCUUCCCAAUGUGCAACAUUGUUGGACCUCUACAGAUUUCCACAGCUUAAUUUUGGACGUUUUGAUCCUGUCCUGAGUGACCAUCGCCCAUUUCCUUCUGUCUAUCAGAUGGCCCGCAAGGACACAUCUCUAGCUUUUGCCAUGGUUUCCUUGUUGGUUCACUUCAGGUGGACCUGGGUGGGUCUAUUGAUCUCAGGAGAUGAGAGUGGUUUGUGCAUGCUGCCCCAGUUGAGAGAAGAGAUGAACAAGCACAGAGUCUGUACAGCUUUUGAACACAUGGUAGAACUUGAUUCCUUUCAAAAUCCGCUGGAACAUAUUUCAUUUAAUCACAUAAUUAGAAAUUCAUUCACAAAUGUGAUUCUCAUUUAUGGUAACAAUGACUUCUUGGUAAGUGUAGUAAACACUAUUGGCAGAUACUUAACUCUAGGAAAAAUCUGGGUCCUAAACUCCCUUAGUACAUUAAUAUUUGCAAUGAGAUAUUUUUUGUUAAAUACAUUCCAUGCACCUCUUAUUUUCUCAAACAACCAUGCAGAGAUGUCUGGAUUCAACAAUUUUAUCAAAACAGUAAACCCAUCAAAAUACCCAGAAGACUAUUACCUUGCUUUGGUGUGGAUUCGAUCUUUUAAUUGCACUUUUUCUGAGUCUAGCUGUGUAACUUGGAAGAACUGUCCAGCCAAUGCCUCAUUGGAAUGGUUGCCAAGGUACCUUUUUGACAUGGUCAUCUUGGAAGAGAGUUACAAUAUAUAUAAUGCUGUGUAUGCUGUGGCUCAAGCUCUUCAUGAGAUGGUUAUUGAUCGAGUAGAGGCACAGGCAGUGGGAAAUGGGAAAAAACUUGAUUUUUCCCCUUCACAGCUUCAUCCCUUUCUGAAGAACAUCCAUUUCAGCAAUCCUCCUGGAGACGAAGUGAUUUUGGAUGAGCCAAAGAAAUUGGUGGCAGAGUAUGACAUUGUGAACCUUUGGAAUAUUCCAGAAGGUCUUAAGCAGGUGGUAAAAGUGGGCAAAUUUUCUUCAUAUGAACCACAGGGUCAUCAAUUAUCACUAUCUGAAGAUCUGAUAGAAUGGCCCAUAGCAUUUACAGAGACUCCUCAGUCUGUCUGCAGUGAGAGUUGUGGUCCUGGUUUCAGAAACUCCCCUCAGGAGGGAAAGGCUGCCUGUUGCUUUGAUUGUAUCCCUUGCCCCGAGAAUGAGAUUUCUAACAGAACAAAUGUGGAGCAGUGUGUGAAGUGUCCAGAUCAUCAGUAUGCCAACACAGAGAAAACUCUCUGCCUGCUAAAAUCUGAGAGCUUUCUGGAUUAUAGAGACUUCUUGGGGAUGGCCUUGGUCUGCUUAGCUCUGAGCCUCUCUACACUCACAGCUGCUAUUACUGGGGUUUUUGUGAGGCACAAUCACACUCCCAUUGUCAAGGCCAACAACCGAACCCUCAGCUACAUCUUGCUCCUGUCCCUCAACUGCUGUUUUCUUUGCUCCUUGCUCUUCAUUGGACAUCCAAGCACAACCGCAUGUAUCCUCCAGCAGACCAUGUUUGCAGUGGUGUUCACUGUGGCUGUUUCCACUGUUUUGGCCAAAACUAUUACUGUGGUUUUGGCCUUCUCUAUCACUUCUUCAGGGAAUAGGAUUCGGCAGUGUCUGGUGUCAGGAAUGCCUAACUUCAUCAUUCCCAUCUGUACGCUGAUCCAACUCACUCUCUGUGGAAUCUGGCUGGGGACAUCUCCCCCUUUCAUUGACACAGAUCCACACUCUGAACAUGGCCACAUCAUCAUCCUAUGCAACAAAGGCUCAGCCACUGCCUUCUACUGUGUUCUGGGAUACCUGGGCUCUCUGGCCCUGGCAAGCUUCACUGUGGCUUUCUUGGCAAGGAAUCUGCCUGACACCUUCAAUGAGGCCAAGUUCCUGACCUUCAGUAUGUUGUUGUUCUGUAGUGUCUGGGUUACCUUCCUGCCUGUAUACCAUAGCGCCAAGGGGAAGACCAUUGUGGCUGUAGAGGUCUUCUCUAUCUUGGCCUCUGGUGCUGGGCUGCUAGGUUGCAUCUUUGUCCCUAAGUGCUACAUCAUCUUGUUAAGGCCGGAGAGAAAUUCUCUGCCUGGUAUCAGGGGCGAAACAUAUUCUGGGAGAAAGAAUCCAUCUUAA